AGGCGGAAAUCCCUCCGGGGAAGCUCGCGCGUCCUGCCCGAACUAACCAGGCCCGGCCCCGGCGGCGCGGCUGUCCUCCGGCCGUGCAGAGGCCGCGGGACGGGCGAGAUGAGAGGCGAAACACGUGGAAUCUGCCCGCCUCGCCGACCCUGAGCCGGUCCCUGGCAGCGCCCGCCGGGAGGAGGAGGAGGAGGAGGCCGCGCUGAGCCCCCGGCCCGCCAUGGAGGCCCCGAAGGCCGGGAGGUUCGCCCUGCAGGCGCCGCAGGAGGAGGAGGAGGAGGUGAAACCUCUCUUCAAGGCCGCUUCAGCAGCCAGAGGGGCAACGGUCCCUGUGGCCUCGGCUUGGCCCAGGGGAGCCUCCUACGCAGACUACGUGGUUGGGCGAGCCGUGGCCUCCUCUUCCGCCUCCCCUGCUGCUCCCGCUGUAUUGGCCUCCAGCGCCUCGGAAGAAGCCCCUCCGCAGAACCAGGGCGAGAGGCCUGUGCCCCCCCAAAGCACAGCGGAAGACAAAGGCUCCCCCUUGAACCCCACGGCCCCCAAAGCAGGGGCCAAGCACAACGCCAUCAUCGUCAGUCCGCGGCAGAGGGGGAACCCCAUUCUGAAGUUUGUCCGCAACGUGCCUUGGGAAUUCGGCGAAGUUGUCCCGGAUUAUGUGUUGGGCCAGAGCACCUGUGCCGUUUUCCUGAGCCUCCGGUACCACAACCUGAAUCCAAAUUACAUCCACGAGCGACUGCGUAACUUGGGGAAGACGUUCCAGCUGCAGGUGCUCCUGCUUCAGGUUGACGUGAAAGACCCCCACCAGGCAGUCAAGGAGCUGGCCAAGAUCUGCAUCCUUGCUGACUGCACCCUCAUCUUGGCUUGGAGUCCAGAAGAAGCCGGACGCUACUUGGAGACAUACAAGGCCUACGAGCAGAAGCCGGCCGACCUGCUGAAGGAGAAAGUGGAGCAGGACUAUCUCUCGCGGGUGAGCGACUGCCUGACCAGCGUGAAGUCUGUGAACAAAACCGACACCCUGAGCCUGCUGUCCACGUUUGGGUCCUUGGCCAACAUCGUCCAGGCGUCCAAGGAAGACCUCUCCCUGUGCCCUGGUGUUGGGCCUCAAAAGGCCAAGAGGCUCUUUGACGUCCUUCACGAACCGUUUCUGAAGGUGCCCAAGUGAGGAGGGGGCUGAAGAGCUGGAGGCGACGGGCCCAGGACGAUGCACAACCUUCUCUGAAACUACCCGUAUCCAAGAGAGCAACACAACUUCCGGGGGGGCAGGGGGGACACACAGCCUUAUUUUGCUAUGUGAACAUUGUUUAACAAAACAGGCAAUAAAACAUCCGGAAGGGAAAAAAG